CAGAAAAUAAAAAAGCAAGGUGAUUUUUGUUAUUGAUAUUUUGUGAUAAUUAUAUUAAUGUGUGAACGUUCUAUUAAAUAUGUCUCGAGAUAAAAGUGUUUGGUUUGCCGAAGAAAUAUUAUUGGAUGCUAAACUUAUAAAUUUCCAACUGGAGACAGGAGAAUGGGACGCCGUAGAAGAAAUGUUACGUGCCGAGGCGCAACUCUCGCGAGAUGCCGAGACCGGGAGAUUACGACCUAAAAAAGCAUCAGAAUACACAUUACGUCUUAUAGCCGAGGUGCUUCACAUCAUGAGGCUAGAUGUUGAACAAGCCUCAUAUAAUCGAAGCACAUUAGCCGUAGCUGAACAAUGCUUGCGACUAGUUCGGUCCUGCGCAGCCGCAGGUACGAAAAUGCAAACUUACAUUUCAAAAGAACUUUCAAUUCUGGAUUCUAUGCUAAUUUUGGCAACAGAAUACCAACAUCCAAGUGUUGAUUUUCUAAACGAAGAAUUACAAAAGAAAUAUGAAUCAUGCAUGACUGUUCUUGUUCAGACACUGGGCAAUUUAGUUGUGAAUAAUCCUUUUAAUCAGAUUAUUAUCUGGAAUAAAUUUGAGCCUACAAUACUAAAUUGUUUGGUUGGACAGAAUGAUAAGAUUGCAUCUGCAGCAGCCAUGAUUGUUUAUAACAUACUGUUGGGUCAGCCAAAUGUAUUACCAGAUGAUGUAACACUAUUGAAUUCUUUAGCCUACAUGUAUAACAAUGGAAAUACCGAAUACCCUCAUCUAAUCAUAGAAUAUCUUAUUGGAGUAGAGAAUACAUAUAUAGAGAAGUUAUUUUCUAAACUCGAUCCUGAAUGUAGAAUGCUUGUGUUAAACCUGGCUUAUAACAUACUAAUGUCCACCGAAUCUCAAGAUAUCAAUGUUUCCGUCAAUUUCGUAAAAUUCAUGGCCCACGAGUUCAAACAUAAAUCGGAUUGUAUUUUGAAGACUGUAGAUAAGUAUGUUAAUACUAUUGAGCCGCAGGAAGUUGUGUUCUUACUUGAGAUUAUAGCGACGGCAUCCAGUAUGGAUACUUAUAUGGAUUGCCUGCAGAGUGACACGUCAUUGUUUAUUAACUGUGCUUUUCUCUUACGUGCAAUCCAUAAGCUGGGUAAAGAGAGUAAUAACUUUUUCUCAUCAAUAAAUAAAUUGUAUGAAGCAACUGGAAAACAACUGGUAUGUGAUGAAAAUAUGCCUGCAGUGACGACACCUGGUGAAAAUCCACUAUGCAAAAAUGAUUCCGCCGAAAAUAUGUUGUCCUGCAACGAAACAACAUCUGAAUGCACUGAGUCUGAAAGUAGCGAACAGUACUUUGAAUGUACCGACACGUUAGCAUACAUGGAAAAAAUAGAUGCACUAAACCAAGACUUACAAAAAUUUGACGCUGAUAAAACGUUGCGUCCUGGUGACGUUAACGUGAAAAUAGAUAAUGAUCUAACGAAAGUCGCUUUCAAAAGAAGCAGCUCAGUGCCCAAAGGCGCUACAGAUGAGCGUAUACAGUUACCAACGAGACGCAUCAGUUUGGAACAUAAGAUAGAUAUCUGUGACGAUACUGAACCACCGUUAAUAAUCGACGCUCAAUCGCCAACAGCAAGCAUGAAUACAAUAGCUGAAGUGAUACCAGUUGCGUUACAACCGAGGCUAGAGUUAGACACAAGUAGGACAGACUCGCAAGAUAGUUCGCCUAACGAUCCGCCUACAGAAAUACAUUUGAUCAAGGAAGAAAAAGAAACUACCGUCAAGGCAUCUCCUAGUGAGAUCUCGCCUCCCUUAUCCGAAACGGUGCAAGAAACAGAAUCGCAGAAACAAUCACCAGAUACACCAAAGGAAGUAAAGAAAAGCCAGAAUUUAUCUACAGACUUCGAUUUAAGUGAACAAUUGCAAAAGAUUCUUGGUAUCUCGUCGGAGAAAACGCGUGGAGAUACUAAUGCUGAAAAGAAAACUGAACCAGCGAAGGAAGUCAAGAUAGCUGAAGAUAAUGUUGCAAAUAAGGUGCCGUUCGUUAAAAUCGAUUCACCUGAGAUGCAAAAGACGAGAUUGGGAGCGAUAGACAUGACAACUCCCAAGAAAGCAGUCACAAGUGUCGAAACAGUGGAAAGGCAUGUUGCUUUUGGUUUCAAAGCUACCUUGGUGAGGGUACUCGCUAAUCUGUGUUGGAAGAAUCAGGAAAAUAAAAAACAGAUGAGGGAAUUAGAAGUGAUUCCAGUACUUCUAGAUUGUUGUAACAUUGAUGCUCGUAAUCCUUUGAUCAUGCAGUGGGUGAUAUUCGCUGUGAGAAAUUUGUGUGAGAAUUGCCCUGAAAAUCAAGAAGUUAUAUCAAGAAUGACACUACAGGGUCCCGUGGACAACGAAGUGUUGCAGGAGAUGGGCCUCACGCUACACACUGAUUCGCAAGGAAAUAGCAUCAAAGUUGUUCCUUUGCCGCGAAAUUAGA